AUGGCAAACUUUUCAUUUAGUUUGAAUGGUGUAUUGAACAAUCUACCAAGCUCCUUGUCAUCCAUUGGAUACAAGGCUAAGAAUGCACUCAGUAGAAAGUUAAAAAGUUCAAACGAAGGUAAACGAAACCCACAUGCACCUUCAGAUAACGAUUUUGAUGAAAAUGACUCAUCAAAUAAUAACAAUAAUAAGAAACCAUCCUCUUCAUCAUCCAACAGAUUGGAUAAUUCAUCAUCUUCAAAGGCAACUAUCAAAUCGUCCAAUAAGAAACCAAGAGUAAAGAAACCGAAAGUUGAAGUCAAGUAUUGUGAUAAAUGCUUGAAAGAUGAAGAAGAAAAAGUCCAAGCCACUCAUUAUUGCUCUGGUUGUUCCAUGAAUUAUUGUGAAGCACACAUAAAUCUUCACAAUUCGGCCAACAAGACGAAAGGUCAUGCCGAAAGUGGUCAAGUUUCAAGUCUAGCUGCUGCACAUGUUCCACUUGCUCUCUUACCAGACUUGCAACAAAUUUGUGUGCUUCCCAAUCCAGAUAGCCCAUUUUCAUGCACAAUUGACCAUGGUUAUGGUUCUCUAUUCGUUCUUGAUGGAGAUAUGUUUAUGGAAUAUGAUUUAACAACUAAAGAAUUGGUAAAUCAUUUCAGAGAACCUCAAGAAAGACGUGCAGUUCGUGUCUGUUACGAUUCCAAUGAUGAUACUCUCAUUUAUGUACUUGACAGAUGUGCUUCACAUGAUAUUGUAAAAACUUCAAGAGAUGGAAAGAUGAUUCAUUGGCAAUUGGAUGAUCAAUCACCAAUUCGUGAUAUGAGUGUCGAUCCAAUUGAUGGAACUAUUUAUACAGUUCAAAAUGAUGGAAUUGUUUGUGUGAAGGAUGGAAAAGUUUCGUCCACAUUGAGAGAAAACAUUAAUGGAAAUAACAUGUUUGUGGACACCUAUGACAAUAUUUGUGGAGUGACAACUAAUCAUGAAAAUAACUUGAUAGUUGUUUCGAAUAGAUAUAUUAUUACUUGUAAUAAGAAGGGAAAGAUAUUUAGCAAAGUUGAAAAGGUCAGUUCUGGUGCAAGUAAGAGAAUUCAUUUGGAUCCAAGUGGAGAACACAUGUACUUUAUUGGAGACAGUGGAAUUGAGUCAACCAAAUUGAAUGGAACUUGUCGUACAGAAUUUAGAAAUGACAAGGUUGACUAUGAUCAUAAAUUUGAAGUUUCUAGAGGAGAAGGAAUAGACAUGGCCAUUGAUUUCACAUCUGGAGAAGUUUAUGUUGUCAAUCCUCACAAAUCAAAAGUUCAAGUAUUCAAAUAA